AUGGCGUGGUCUGCUAUAAAGCGCAGACAAUUGGAGGAUGAUUUUGGUUCCUUUGAGUUUCAGUUUCAGACCCAGAAGAGGAUAAGGUCUUCUAGGGUUUCUGAGACCCAACGGAAUGUAGCCGUUGAGGAAAAGUCGACCGUUGGUCUUCCUCUGCGCAAGGGUUUUGCAUCGUCUGCUACAAAAAAUGCCGACCCAGAAUCAGAAGAUCUGGGUUUUGAUGAAAUCUGUCAGACCCAGAAGAGGAAGAGGUCUUCUAGGGUUUCUGAGACCCAACGGAAUGUAGCCGUUGAAAAAAAGUCGACUGUUGGUCUUCCUCUGUGCAUGGGUUUGGCUUCGUCUGCUACAAAAAAUGCCAACCCAGAAUCAGAAGAGGGUUUUCAUGAAAUCUGUCAAACCCAGAAAAGGAAGAGGUCUUCUGGGGUUUCUGAGACCCAACGGAAUGUGGCCGUUGAGGAAAAGUCGACUGUUGGUCUUCCUCUGGGCAAAUUCAAAGGUUUGGCUUCGUCUGCUUCAAAAGAGACGUUGGAUUGUUCUAAGGUAUUGGAUUCUCUGAUGAACCUCGGCCAUGCGAGCUACUUCAACAAGCCUGUUGUUGAUCCUGUGGCUGAGAAUCUGCCGGGUUAUUUCGACGAAAUCUGGAGGCCGAUGGAUUUGGGUACUGUGAAAUCGAAAUUGGAGAGGGGUGUCUACUCCAGCGCUGAUGACUUCGCUGCUGAUAUCAGGCUUAUCUUCUCAAACGCUUUCAGAUAUUUCCCCCUUGGGAGUAGAAAUCGUGCAGCAGCCAAGCAUCUCAGUGGGGUUUUUGAGACCCAUUGGAAAGAAGCCGAGGAGAAAAUGUCAAAUGCUGCUUGUCCUCCUCCUACUCCUCCUCUGCCCAAACGGAGACCAAAUGGCAAGAGCUCUUCUGCUUGUAGGGUUCUUAUACAAAGUCAAGAGGUUGUUGGGGUUUCUGAUUCUCACUCAGUUAAGUCAACCAAAGAUGAUGACUUGGGCACCCUUGUUCAUCAUGCCAUGUAUCAGGCCACAGACAAUCUUUCCCCACGUAAGGCUAGGCGAAUUCAGUCGCUCAAGAUGCGAUUUUCAGGUACAAUACGAAAAGCAAACAAGAUACUUAAGGGUCUACCUGAUUCUCCACCAAGGAGAAAAUUGAUGCAUCGGAUGGAUCAAAGGGAAUUGGCUCGCCAUGCCGUUUUGAACAUGGAGAAGUCAGUCCAAUUUGAGGACCCUUUAAGGGAUCUCAAACAACUUGAGAUUCUGUGUGGCUGUGGCAGUGAAAGGGUCUACCUUGGAUUGCCUCUUAAGCAUUUGGGUUUGUACCUCAAAGAAGAUGACGAGUUACAGGGUCAGGACGAGGAGGCUUUUCUGAAUGCAGAUCAGGAGGAAGGCGAGAUCUGCUGGCGGGAAAGCGAUUGGGAGGAAGGUGAGAUCCGCUCAUGA